CUCGCAGUACUAGUGUGAGAAGAACAAGCCACUAACUGAGUUGCUGCUUCUAGCCUAUUCAAGCGGCGGCUGAUGAGUUGGAUUUGUUGGUUUUUUUAAUCCGCAAAUUUUUCUGCAGAAGUCGGACGAAGCAAACACGACGAAUGAGCGUCACUGACUGCACUGUUUGUCUUUAUGGAUUCGCCAGGUCGGAGUUUGUUUGUAUGUGACAAAUAUCCAGGAGCUCUCGCAGUGCAGUGCAUGGAUUAACAGAGGACUCGAAUCGGGAGCGCCGUAUCAAUUUAAGUGUUAAAUUGAGGAUUACUGUUGUAUAUCCCGUGUAAACAUUUGCGGUAGAUGCGUUCCUUUUUUGCUAACUAGACGGUAACACGCUUUAAAUGUAGUUUGUUCCGGACAAGAGCAGCAAACACUUGUUGAAAUUCAAAUUCUUGAGCAAACCUUUGCCCAAGUGCCCGUGGCUAACGUUAUUAGCGACAUUUGUGCUAGCUAACGAGGCUAACUACUUUAUUUGACGUCAGUUCGCCGAUACGACUUACUUUCAGCACAUUAGUUGGGUGUUGUUGUAACCUGUCGAUGAGUUAAAAACUGCGUUUGUCAAAACUGUCGACAUGUCUCUGUCAGUGGUUUAGCUAACUUAGCUAGCCGCAGCUGUUUUUUUUUCGGCUGUUACGCUCUACGUUAUGUUAGCUAAUAGCUAACGUUAUGUCAGCGCAGUAUUCAAACAAGUGGUUGGCUGGUGAAAUGUCAAUAUUAAGCUCAGUUGUUCAGUUAAAGUUUAAACAGCACGGCAUUUUCAUAUAAAGUUAUCGGAGUUGGUUUCACAGCGGAAGCCGUCUUCAAGCGUGUUGUUUACAUCGCUAACUCAGCUAGUGACGGCGUAAGAAGACAACUUUCAUUAAUGGGAGCUUUAGCUUAGCUUCUUCAGCGACGAGCUUCGCUUGCAACAAAUUUCAUCCCGAUACUGCACGAUUGAAGUCAGUCAACUUUACCCAACGCAAACUUAUGUUAUCCAUCCAUGUGAGAUAUUUUUUCAAGCCCUCAUGGAUUCACUGAAACGUCCUGUGAAAGUGUUAAAAAGCAGACUUUAAACAUCGUCUUGCACUUUUUUUAAGUAGCUGAAGUUGUAAAACUGCGGCCCACACAAUGUCCGGAUCCCCGGGCACAGGUGGCUCAAACCCGAGGAAGUUCAGCGAAAAGAUCGCUCUGCACAACCAGAAGCAAGCAGAGGAGACGCGGGCCUUCGAGCAGCUUAUGACAGAUCUCACUGUCUCAAGGGUGCAGUUUCAGAAGAUUCAGCAGCUUCGUUUGUCACAGUCCCGGGCACAGUACUAUGGAGGCUCUCUGCCCAACGUCAAUCAGAUUGGAAAUGCCAGCGCUGACUUUCAGGGUGGCUUCCCAUCAGGACUGGACUCAGUUAGAGGGACACGUCACCAUGGAUUGGUGGAGCGGGUCCACAGGGACCGGAACCGCAUUAACUCCCCCCAUCGCCGACCCAUUGACAAGCAUGGACGGCAGAUAGAGAGCUCUCCGUAUGGAGCAGUGUACCUGUCUCCCCCACCGGACAACAACUGGAGAAGGGAACAGCAGCCAUGGCCUGAGGAAAAACGCCCUGGGUUUAGAUUAAUAUCACAACUCAACAGAACCAACUCAGACUCUGCUCUUCACACAAGCGCCAUGAACCCAAAUCCUCAGGAUCCCUUUGGCAUGAACCAGCAGAUGGGUCGAGGCCCUCCACAGCGUAAUGCCAGCGUGAAUGAGGCAGAAGUGGACGGUUCCGCAGAUGUCUUCUCCUUCCCCACGCUGCCCAAUGAGGAGAGUCUAAUAGGUGUCAGCAAGCCCCUGCCCAAGCAGCUGUGGGAGGCAAAAAAGGUCCAGUCCCUUGCGUCGCGACCCAAAUCCUGUGAAGUGCCUGGAAUCAAUAUAUUCCCAUCUCCGGAGCAGAACCCUGGCCUGUCCCACUAUCAAGGCUCAUUGAACACAGGUGGCUCUCUGCCAGACCUCAGCAACCUGCACUUCCCCUCCCCACUCUCCACCCCGCUGGACCCUGAGGACAUCAGGGGAUACCCCAACCUCAGUGGUGGCAGCAGCACUGGAAACCUGCCAGCCGCCAUGAUGCACCUGGGCAUUGGCAACUCACAAGGUCUCUCCUCCUCUCUGAGCAACCCUUCCAUCCAGGCGUCCCUCAACAAUUCACAGCUGCAUUCAUCGCUCAGCAAUCCCUCCAUCCACUCAUCCCUGCGUUUGUCCUCGCUGUCCAACCCUCCCCCAGGAGGCAUCAACAACUCUCCACGUAGACGGCCGACUCCCAUCAGCCCUCUCACCUUGUCACCUGGCUCUGAUCAGCGAAGGGGUCUAGCCAAGCAGCUGUCCCCGACCAUGUCACCCUCACUUUCCCCCAUCACACAGGGAGUGGCCUUGGAUACCAGCAACAUGCCAAUGGAGCCACCCCCACCCUAUCCACUCUACCAGCAAUCCCAGCAUGCAGUGGGCCAGCAGCAACAACGCCAGCAGCAACAACACCAGCAGCAGCACCAACACCAGCAGCACCAACACCAGCAGCAGCAACACCAGCAGCAGCAGCAGCCCGUUUCCCCUCUCCAGAACAUCCCACUGGACUUCACCACCAGCCCACACAACAACAUGGCGGCAUUCUUCAGCGACCCCUUCAUGGAACCCCAGUUUUCUAACCGCCAGGGCAAGAACCUCCCUUACCAGUUGGACCACUUCAGUCUAUUGGAAAACGCGAUGAGCUCCACAGCAGGGGGUUCUUGUUUCGACCCUUCCACCUCCUCCUCGCUCUACUGCUCCCAGGCUGCCAUCACAGGGUUGGGUGGCAGCCAUGGCAACCUGCAGGACCCCCUACAGAUGAAGUCCAACAUGCUGUACACCAACUGUAGCGGAGGGGUGCCCAACAUCAUACUCACUGAUGACUCCAACCCAAGUCUGUCAAAGGACAUCAGCAGCGCGCUGUCAGCUGUGCCAGAAUGUUUUGACUCAGAGGCAGGCUUCCCAUUGGAGGAUGAGCUGCGCAUAGAGCCCCUCAGUCUGGACGGUCUGAGCAUGCUCAGUGAUCCCGACAUGGUACUGCCAGACCCAUCAGUUGAGGAUACUUUCCGCAGCGACAGACUCUGAACAGAAAGGGUAUUACGGCUUUUAAAGGAGAAGCUGAUUUCUCUUUAACACGUAAACACAGACUUGCAGUAUAAGAGUACAAAUCUAAAUAUGCAUGCAGACAAUCUCUAUAGGGUCACUGUGCAUGCAUCCACUGCCACUAAGACUCAUUAAAUGUGAAAGACGUGAUUAACAUGCACACAGUUAUGCAUACACGCACACACACAUUUUUAAAGGAGGAGACUUGUGAACAAAUCCUGUUUACACCUGUUUGAUGCAAAGUUGCUGUCACAUGCAGUCUUUGUCAUAAUCAUCUGUAAUUAUUUUAUGGUGGGUGGGCUGGUAUAUCCUGCUAGAUGUCCACCAUGCAGACAGUGUCAGCAUUAACAGUGGAAGCAGUUCCACUUUGAAGGCUCUACUUCUCACUGUGGAGAUGCUGCAGAUCCUCCAGGUUCCUCCCUCAGAUUAACACAGCAAUCCAACAAGGUUCUUCUCCAGUGAGAGUGGAAGGCGUCCUGUUUUGUUUUGUUUUUGUCAGCCACCAGCUCACACCCCCCCAAAUGCUGCACUCACAGCCACCUGAAGCCAUGGCAACCUUAUCACCAUGGUUACACACCAUAGCAACCCCAUCAACAUCCUGAAGAGCAGCAGGAAUGUCGGCACACUGUCGACAUCAAUGACAGCAUCGUUCUGCAUUCACGUAAAUGGGAACCCAGAGCUGGUCUGCAGUACUUUUACUUUUUGUGCAACUGGUGCAGUGAAAUAAAUUGCCAGUAGAAAAACUAGCAAGCCAGUUUCCUCCAGUUGAAGUGAAAGCCAGUCAUGCCACGGCUUCUUGAACAAUCACGGUAGAAAUGAAGACUAGUGGGAUCUGUCUUUCUGUCGAGACUGUAGAUUUUUUUUUUUUUUUGGCAAUUUCUCUUUCCAUGUACACCAUCAGAUUUUUUUGUACAAAAAAUAAACAAAGAUGUUUGCCACAGAUCUAUAUAUAUAUAUAUAUAUAUAUAUAUAUAUGUAAGCCUCAAUUUCAGUCUGAUUAGAAUGUAUUUUCAAACUAGAGACAAAAAGGGCAAACUGUUUACAAAGAUUUUAAUAAGUACAAUACUAAAGAGUGUACCUUUAUGAAUUUCUGAUAAAUGAUAUAAUUCUAUGAUGUAUUGAAUAAAAGAUUUAUUUUUGCUUGCAAUUUUGAUGGAUUUUCCCCUUCCCUUGGUCACAAACGGACUUGGCCCAGAGUUGGCUGUGAUUCAGUGGCCUAGAGCCAUUUUAAGCAGAACUCUGACAGCACUGGGACGCCUAAAAACCAUGAAAAAAAAGGAUUUUUAUUUUUUAAUUGCUUCUGUUUUCAGAUCUACUUGUAUAUAUCUCCGUUACAUAAGUUUUAUUUUACAUUUUGUACUUGUAAUGCAGCUUGUUUUAAAUGUUGUGUUUUGAAUGAGGGCAGACACUGUGCUACUGUGGAUUGAUAAUUUU